AUGGUGCUUGACUACAUCCCUCCGUCUCGGGUCAAGAACCUGCACCUGUACAAAUACAGCGGAACUGACAAGUCGCUCGUCUCGAAAUACGUCCUGGGUCCGUACUGGAACUGGCUAGUGACGCUGUUCCCAACAUCUGUGGCGCCCAACACGAUCACGCUCUCUGGUCUGCUGCUGGUGCUGGUCAACUUUGCUACGCUCGCCUACGUCGAUCCUGGGCUGGAAUGCGCGACACAGCUCAAGCUCGAUCCCACUGCACAUGCUCUCGCGUUGAACUCGGCCUUCCCCUCGGAUGCUCAGCUGCUGGCAGUGAAACCGCUAUUUCCGAACUUUGGCAUCCCGGGCGCGGUGGCCAAGAUCGACUUUGCGCCCAGAGCGGAUUCGGCUUCGAGGUGUCUGCCUGCUUGGGUGUUUUACACCUGGGCACUCUGUCUGUUUGCCUAUCAGAGCUUGGAUGCGAUCGACGGCAAGCAGGCGAGGCGUACAGGCAUGGCGGGUCCGUUAGGUGAGAUGUUUGACCACGGAUGCGACGCGAUCAACACCACACUCGAAUGUGUGCUGUGCUGCGCCGCGCUCAAUUUGGGUCGUUCCGUCUGGGCUCCCACUUCGCUCGUCGCGACGCUGGCCAACUUUUACCUGACCACAUGGGAAGAGUUCCACACGGGCACGCUGUUUCUCUCGGCAUUCAGCGGUCCAGUCGAAGGCAUCCUGAUGAUCGUAUUGGUCUAUGCCUUGACCGGCUUCGUCGGCGGUCCGCUGUUCUGGGAUCGUGGCAUCCUCAACGUGACCGGUCUGGCCAAUCUCGACGUGGUCAAGGAGAAUUUCGGUAAAUUCAACCUUCCGCUCAACGAUGCCUUUCUCGCAUUUGCGCUCGUCGGGUUGCUGUUCAACAUUGCAGGCUCCUACUCAAACGUCGUAGCUGCGCGCAGGUCGCGCAAUCAAUCCACGCUGACACCGCUGUUGGGACUGGCACCGUUGGUGGUGCAGAUCAGCGCCAAUGUCAUGUGGACCAAAGCGAACCGCAACUUUAUCCUCGCCGACGCUCGUGCUCUUCUUCCAUUUAUGGCCUACUGGGGUCUCACGUUUGCCUACAACGUCGGCCUGCUCAUCGUCGCUCACGUCACAAAGGCUCCGUUCCCUUACUGGAACAUCGCCAUCCUCUGGUCGCUCGUCUUGGCCAUCGAUGCAAAUCUGCCCACUAGCUACCUACAGACCAAUCCGGCUACCCAACUCAACGUCAUCUGGGCAAGCUUGGCUUUCGCAGCUGCACUUUAUCUGCAUUUCUGCUAUCACGUCAUCACCACCAUCACCCACGAGUUGGGCAUGGCCUGCUUCGUCGUCAAGCCACCCACAAAGCUGAACCCGCCCAAGAUCGAGUAG